AAAUAAAAUCUUUAAAAAAAAAGUAUAGCAUGAAUGGAAAAAUUCAAAAAGGGUUCAGAGAGUAAUUACAGAAACGUCCCAGGCUAAUAAGAAAACAGAGACAAGGGUAGGGGCAGGUGUUUGGCCCAGCAUUAAGAUGCUGCUUGCAGCUAUCACAUCGAAUAUCAGAAGGCCUGAGUUCAAGCCCCAGUUCCUCCCUCCAUUCCAGUGUCCUGCCCCAGGCUUAAGUAGUUGAGUGUCUGUCAUCAACAUGAGAGACCUAGAUGGAUUUCCCAGAUCGGACCUCAGUCGGGCCCAGGCCUGUCUGUUGGGGGCAUUUGGGAGUGAACCAGCAGCUGGGCAAUCUUCCUUUCUCUCUGUCCCUGGACGUCUGUCUCCCUGCUUUUCAAAUAAAUACAAUAAAUACACAUUUUUCCAAAGAAAAAAAUGAGUAAAUCUAAGAACAUUUAAGAGCCAGCAUAGGAGUUCUAGUUUCUAAAUAAUGGGAGGUACAGAAAAACAAAUCGGGAGAACCAUCACUAUAUAAUUUAAGAAAAAACAGCCCAAAUUGAAAGAUACAAGUUUCCAUAAUGAGCCAAUCAGGUGCCCGGCACAAUGAAUAAAUCACGAAGUUUUGAAGCGUUUAACACAAAUAUAUACGAUUGCCAGGUUCUGGAAACAAAACUAUCACCUCCAGAGGACCAGACAACAAAAUAACUCCAGACUUCUCAACACCGUCCUGAAAGCUAGAGAACGUGGAGAGCAAUGCCUUCAGAUUCCAAGAGAAAAUAAUAAACUACCUAGAAUUCAACUCUCUGCCAAAUCCUCAUUUGAGUGUGGGUAGAAUAUUUUUCAUAUAUCCAUUAUGUAUAACGGUAUCUCCUCUGCAGACAUUCUUAGAAAACUGUUGGAGGGUGUGUUUCAUAGAACAAAGGAGUGAGACAAGUAAGAAUGAGAGCUUGCCAGGAAUCCGUCACCAAACAAGAGUGAGGGAUGAUGGCACAGAGGUUCCAGGCGUGCAGCUAGCCAAGAGCGCAGAUAAACAGUCCAGACUGGAUGAAGUCAGAGGGCUGUGGGACAGACACUUUGAGGAAAGAUGGUGAUGUGACUGAGGCAUCUGCACAUGAUGAAAGGGCACUAGACAACUAGAGGAGAAUUUGCAAUUGCUUUAGGGAAAAGAUAUAGCAACGAACACACCGUUCAACUUUGACCACUUUGAAAUUUUGCGAGCCAUUGGGAAAGGCAGUUUUGGGAAGGUCUGCAUCGUACAGAAGAACGAUACCAAGAAGAUGUAUGCAAUGAAGUACAUGAAUAAACAGAAGUGUGUGGAACGCAACGAAGUGAGAAAUGUGUUCAAGGAGCUCCAGAUCAUGCAGGGCCUGGAGCACCCCUUCCUGGUGAACCUGUGGUAUUCCUUCCAAGAUGAGGAAGACAUGUUCAUGGUGGUAGACCUCCUGCUGGGCGGGGACCUACGCUAUCACCUGCAGCAGAACGUCCGCUUCCAGGAAGACACGGUGAAGCUGUUCAUCUGUGAGCUGGCCAUGGCUCUGGACUACCUGCAGGGCCAGCGCAUCAUUCACAGGGAUAUGAAGCCUGACAAUAUUUUACUUGAUGAACACGGACAUGUGCACAUCACAGAUUUCAACAUUGCUGCGAUGCUGCCCAAGGAGAUGCGGAUCACCACCAUGGCCGGCACCAAGCCUUACAUGGCACCUGAAAUGUUCAACUCCAAAAAAGAAGCAGGUUAUUCCUUUGCUGUUGAUUGGUGGUCCCUAGGAGUGACAGCAUAUGAGCUGCUGAGAGGCCGGAGACCAUAUCAUAUUCGCUCCAGUACUUCUAGCAAGGAAAUUGUGAACAUGUUUGAGACAGCUAUUGUGUCUUAUCCUUCUGCCUGGUCACAGGAAAUGGUGUCACUUCUUAAAAAGCUCCUUGAACCUAACCCAGACCAACGAUUCUCUCACUUGUCUGACGUUCAGAACUUCCCGUAUAUGAAUGAUGUGAACUGGGAUGCGGUUCUGCAGAAGAGGCUCAUUCCAGGUUUCAUUCCUAAUAAAGGCAGACUCAACUGCGACCCUACCUUUGAACUUGAAGAGAUGAUUCUGGAGUCCAAACCUCUCCACAAGAAAAAGAAGCGUCUGGCAAAGAAGGAGAAGGAGAUGAGGAAGUGCGAUUCCUCUCAGACAUGUCUUCUUCAAGAGCAUCUUGAGUCUGUCCAGAAGGAGUUCAUUAUUUUCAACAGAGAAAAGGUAAAAAGGGACUUUAAUAAAAAGCAAGCAAAUCUUGCCUUGGAACAAACCAAACACCCUCAAGAAGAAGAUGGCCAGAACAACCGCCUGUAGAGAUCUCAGCAUCUUCUUCUUGACACGUUUCUUGGCACGUGCGCCAGGAACUUCUGAUUGUACACAUCAAGAAAACUGACAGUAGUUCUUGCCACUGCACACCUCUGACUUAGAAAAUAUGGAAGCCUAUUUUUUGGAGGAGGAAGCAUGAUAAAGUGAAAACAUCCUGGGCCUAACUCCUGGGAUCUAAUUUUACCACUAAUUGUGCGACCUCAAACAAAUACUUAACCACUGUCUCUGUUCUGGUUCAUUCAUCUACAGUGAGAGAGUUACAUUAGAUGAUCUGUAUCCUUCCUGUCUAGUGCUACAACUGGCAUUCUAAACAACCUUUAUUUUUGUCUUAAAAGGAAUGUUUGGAUGUAGACUUAUUUUCCUUGCAAUUACACUGUGACAAAUGGACACUGGACUCCAUGAAGCUCUUCAGGGCUAGAACACUGCAUAAAGAGGCCAGAAUCCCCAAGCCUGAUUGGCUAGGGACACAGGGUUCCAAGAGGAGGAAGUGGAUGCGAUCAGACUCCAAGUAGCAGAGGUUCACAGCACCACAUCAGCUUUAUUGCCAGCAGGAGCCAGCUGUGCACACUGCUUUCCAACUGGCUCUCUAGUGAAGUGAAUUUGAUGACUUGAAAUUAGUGAUAGGAUGUGCACCACGGAAAUUAGCAGAUACUACCUAUCAGGGCAUUCUCCCCACCACCACCAAGCCUGCCUGUUGCCUUCCCACAUUAAGCAGGCUCCUUGGGGGCUAAUUGUCCUCUCAAGACCUGCCCCUGGGGAGCAUCAGAAGAGACUAUGUUGCAUCAUUGGGUGUGGGGGUGGGUAUAUUCUAAAUUAGAUGUUAAUUGGGAAGACAGUAAAACUUACCCCUUUAAACAUCCCUGAUGACCCUUAACAUAAGGGAAUUACCUUUUCUCAAUGAAGCCCAGGACAAUGAGUCACCCCUUGAAAAUGAAACAAGUCAUUUUUGUUUCCAUUUUUUUUAUUUUUAGCAUCUUUUUGACCAAUACUAGAUGCAUUAAGAUAUUGAAUGGAUUAUCCUCGUCCUUAUAGACUAGAAUGACAACAGCAUCGUUCUCGCACUCCAGAGGUCUAAGUUCCUGGAGAGUAUGGGCACAGGGGUAUCAUGCCUUCCCCGCCCCCUGGCGCUCACUGUAGGAAUGGCCACUGACGUCUCACUGCUUCUUUUUCUUUAGACCUUAUUUAUUGUUAAACACAAAGCCUAAUUCACCUAAGAAAGAGGUCCACAGGUGACUCCACGGUUCUGACCCAGUGGAUCUUUGCAGAAGAAUGAUUUUUCUGGCGCCCCUCCGAUUCCACUGGGUAGAGGGAGAAGACAGACUUUGCGGGAGACUGUUCUAAGCUGUUGGCUACCCAGACCACUGCAGCCCGUUGUUGACUAUGGAAAAGAUGGGGCUUACUAAGAUGGCAGUGAACUGGCAACACAGGAGACUAGACAGACACUCUCCCCUGGGCGGACACGUGGGUGCAAACGCAAGCCCCAGGAGUGGCUGCCUGCUACAGCAGACUUCUAGAGGGGAAGUCACUCUGGGCCAAGUUAGCCAUGGGUAGAAAGUCAGAGCUGAACCUCAGCCAAGCCUGACCAUUCUCGGCUCACUGAGUAAGUGCAGAGUCCCUGGCUCAAUUGUGGAACAGUGCCUCUCUAAGAGCAGCCAUAUCUUUGUUGAACUGUCAAAAGCCAGCUCUUGUUCUGUUGGGUUUCUCUUAAAAAAAAAAAAAAAAGUUCCCACACAUCAUUUGUCCUCUGUGCUAUUUUGUUUUUCUCCCAACACUGUAAACUGUCAGCACUUGCCCUGAGGGCGAGUUGAAGAGGCGACCCUAUUCUGUUCUGGGCUGGAAACCGCAGGAAUGAUGGGGGCACCUGCAUGUUCAGCGUCUGUCAUUGACUUGUUUUGCCUCAAGUCCUGAUGUGCUAUGGACUUAACCUCCCAGCCCUGGCUCCUCCUUUUUGUCUCACCUCAAUUGCAUCCUCCUGAGGGUAGGCUUUGAGCAAUACUUCCCACAGGGCACUGGGAUGGUUCAUUUCUCCGUCAUAAGAGUUUCACAUCUAUGCAAUUUAAAAUGGGGUAGGAACAACGUACAUUCUCUCACUCGGAUCCCAGUGAGCGGCUUCUGUGCCUGAAGCACCUCCGUUGGCCUUCAGGAACCACGGCCACCGUGGUCAGAAAGCCCAGUGUCAGAGUGCAGGAUGGACGCCCGUCAGGGCCCGAAAAGAAACACCGCAGCAUCCGGCAGUUCAAACAGCUGCUUCUCAGCACCUCCCACCACGCAUCUAAACCUGAGGACAGCACACCCUCCCCAAAGCAAAAAAAAAAAAAAAAUCCUAAACCCUUCUGGUAACUGUUAGUUACUGAAACACGAUCCUUCCGUUUUAGGCAAUGAGUUGGCCUAAAAGUUCACACCCCACUGGGUGGAACAUGUCUCCUCUAAAUUUACGACAGUUGAGGCUCAGGGUUGAGAUUUUUAGAAAACAGGGGGCUACUGCACCCUUCUGUCUUGUGUGCCUGGCACCUUUUUCUCCUAACAGCUUCUUCCUCCCUCACCUGUACAGACACCUAACCUGUCAGCAGGUCUGGAAGACCAGAAGCGUGCUGGUUAUUCCCCCCCACCCUGCGACACUGCAGCACGGCUGCCCUCCUCGGGGCAUUCCCUGUGCCCUCCAGGGAGGGGGAGAGACAUCUGAGCCCCACGGUUUUGCCCACGAUCCCCAUCUCCUGGCAUGGAGGGUGGGGGGCAGAUGCUCUGCUGGUAGCCAACAUAACCUCUUCGGCAGCACUGAAUUUGAUUAAGGUCAUUGCUAGGGCAGCAAAGGACCUCAAGCACCUCAGAGCACUGCUAAACUAAUUAUAGUAAUUUAAUUAAUUAGUGGUUAGCUUUCAUCUGAUAGGAAACAUGGUAACCAGAAAUGACUACCCGUUCUAUCAUCACAGCUUUUCUGAGGAUGUUGGGUGGAGGAGUAACCAGGAAGAAGGUGCAUCAACAUAGCAGUGGCUGCUGCUGCUUGUUGGUGCCGCAGUAAUGCUAAGGCUCACACACUUCAAAAGCCAGGUGCAAAGCAUUGUGUCUGUUUAGUACCUGGUGGUUCCUCUACGCUGUCCGCACAGAAUCCCAUCUCGUACUUCUGUUUGCCUGUGCCCAUUGUAUUGCAAGCUCGGUGUGUCUGAUAUUAAACAGAUAUUAAAAAUCCAAACUGCAAUUAUCUGUGCUGUUGUGAACAGCUGCUGAUCUGGCAGCCCGUGAACAACACAGGGCUUGCUGAGCUG